AUGCCGGAGCGCUGCAGGCACGCUGCCAAGGGGCGGUGCCUCUGCUGGGAGCAUGAAGGGGUGGUGGAGCCCUGCGUGGAGUCAAUGCGGGACGGCAAGAGCUACAGUAGCGGCACUGUGGACACACUGGGGCUUAAAGACGCACGCGCGCCUUGCUCCCGAGAACGUGUGAACGCAGUCUCUGUGCUGACGGAAAGGACAGAAGAGGAGGCCUUAGUGAUGGCAGGUGCCGGGCCGUGCACGCCGCUGGCUGCCGCGGCUCCUCUGGGAGACCUCGGGCGACCAGAAGAGAGCGAGGACGAGGAGGACGAGGAGAAGAGGGGGCGGGGCUGCUCCCUGCAGUACCAGCACGCCACGGCGCGCUUGCUCACCCAGUUCGUGGCCGAGGCGCCCGACACGGGCCAGCUGAGCUACCUGCUGGGCCCCGACUGGCAGUUUGACAUCACGGACCUGGUGGUGGAUUUCAUGAAGGUGGAGGAGCCGCGGAUCACGCAGCUACAGGGCGGCAGGACCCUGGUGGGCCGGGAGCCGGGGAUAGCCACCGUGCAGCUUUAACUCACUGUGCUCUCCCUGCUCUCUGACUGCAUCCUGGCCGAGAAGAUGGUGAUCGUCCUGGAUGACCGAUCAGCUGGACAUGCAGCUGGUGGCUGGCUGGUCUCUGCCCUGCAGCCUCACAGAGUGGACAGAAGAGCCGUCGUCUCCAUGGUGGCUGCCCAGGACGUUCUCCAAGCCCCUUUUAAACUCAUUUUUCUUAGUCUUUGGGCUGUGUUCAGUGAUGGUUCUGUGACACCCUUAGACAUUUAUGAUCCCAAGGAUUUUUCAGUUACUGUGUCAUCCUUGGAUGAAAUGGUGGUGUCUGUCCAGGCAAACCUUCAGUCCAAAUGGCCGGUUGUGGUUGCAGAGGGUGAAGGGCAAGGUCCCUUGAUUAAAUUAGAAGUGAUGAUUAGGGAGCCCUGUCAGAAGACCAAGAGGAAGAGUGUUCUUGCCGUGGGUAAAGGAAAUGUCAAGGUCAAAUUUGAACCAAAUGUUGAUGAGCACCUCGGAGGCACCAACGAUAUCGAGGGCAUCGGUCGGGAAUAUAAAGACCACUUCAGUAAUUCCAUAGAGCGGGAAGGAAACCAGGAGAGAGCAGUUCAGGAGUGGUUCCAACAUGGUGCCUCUGUUGGCCAAGAGGAACGUAGCAACAAAAGCACAACCCCACAGUACUCCCUGGAAGGAAAGGAUAAGAAGCUACUCAAGAGUGGCGGUCCAGACACCUUCACAAGCUUCCCCACUCAAGGGAAGUUACCGGAACCCAACAAUCCCAGUGACCUUACAGUGACCUCCAGGGGCUUAACUGACUUGGAGAUCGGCAUGUGCGCUCUGCUCUGUGUCUUCUGCCUGGCCAUUUUGCUCUUCUUAAUCAACUGUGUGGCAUUUGCUUGGAAAUACAGACACAAAAGAUUUGCUGUGAGCGAACAAGGCAACAUCCCCCAUUCCCACGACUGGGUCUGGCUUGGGAAUGAAGUAGAACUUCUGGAAAACCCCGUGGACAUCACCCUCCCUUCGGAGGAAUGCACAACCAUGAUAGACAGGGGGCUGCAGUUCGAGGAGAGGAACUUCCUUCUCAACGGCGGCUCCCAGAAGACUUUCCAUAGCAACAUCCCCCAUUCCCACGACUGGGUCUGGCUUGGGAAUGAAGUAGAACUUCUGGAAAACCCCGUGGACAUCACCCUCCCUUCGGAGGAAUGCACAACCAUGAUAGACAGGGGGCUGCAGUUCGAGGAGAGGAACUUCCUUCUCAACGGCGGCUCCCAGAAGACUUUCCAUAGUCAGCUACUCUUUUACAGACACGACUGGGGGAAAAUCUAG